GAGGACAUUUACUGUAAACCAGGAACUACUUAGCCCAAUAGGUCGUCCGAAAUAAAUGCUAACACUCCACUCCACACAAACUCUAACCCUAAACACAGGAGGACACCUUUUGUUCACAGUCGGUGCUGUCUUCUGGAGCAUAUUUCAGAGGGGUUUGCGAGAUGAGGGCUCUGACUCUGCAGCAUGCAGAUGUGACCCAAGGAGGGCAGCAGCAGCAGCAGCCACAGGCCACAUGUGGGAGGAGUUUGUCUUCCAACUACGCUCCGCCAUGUCUGGAGAACAAGCUCCUCACUCAGACUUCCACACUCAUGCCCCCACUUUUAAACCCUGCAAUACAGCCUUCCUCGUGCCCUGCUCUGCAGCCCUCCGCCCUGUCUUCCACUUCAUCCUCCCUCCUCUCCACCUCUUCCCCCUCACCUUCCCUCACCUCUUCUCUCCUCAGCACUGAGAACAAGCUUCUAGAAAGCCGAUCACCUCUUCUUUCUUUUUCCCUGACCUCCCAUACAUCUGUCCCUCGUGACUCCUUGCUCCCAGCAUCCCUGUCCAGCGGUCGCUUUGCUCAUCCUUCUUCAUUCCUCGCUGGUGUUUUGGGUGGAGAGGAAAAGAGGGGAGAUGAAGGCAGUGAGGAAACGUCUGAAGCGAUGCAGUCUUUUUGUGAAGAAACAAGUGAGACGCAUUCAGAGGACGAGGACUUUUGGUCUGAAGACGAGGAUGAGGACAGUGAUGAUGGGUCAUGCAUGGAAUUAUCUGCUGUUGGAGCCGAUUUAGAAGCCGAUCGAGCUUUGGUCGUCAAACAGGAGGAAUUCCCCGAGCUUGAAAGGGGAGAUGAUAAGAUUGAAGAGGAGCUGAAGGAUAACAAAUAUCUCCUGCUGAACGCUGUGUGCUGCUCCCUGGUCAAUAAGAGCAAAAAUCCAGGAGAGAAGGAGUGGGACUCAGAGACAAGUGUUUGGACCAGGAUCAUGAACCUGGCAAAGGACAUAUCUGUCUCUGACCCACAGUUUCUUCUCAAGGUGGCAGUUUACACUCGACAGGAGCUCAACAUCCGCAUCACAGCAAACUUCUUAUUGGCUCUGGCUGCUAAUCAGCCGUCCACCAAGUCGCAUGUCCGCAGAUACUUCUGCUCUGCCGUCCAGCUGCCCUCAGACUGGCUGGAAGUGGUCAGAAUCUACAGCACAUGCUUCAGCCGCUCCCUGCCCAUGUGCCUGAAGAAGGCGAUGUCUGACAAGUUCAAGCAGUUCAACGAGUACCAGUUGGCAAAAUACAACACACGCAAACACCGCUGUAAACACAGCCGCAAUAAGCCCAAAGGCAAGAAACCAAGCAGCAAGGAGAUGAAAGGGUGGGCAAACUUACUGCGAUCAGAUGAGACUGUUCUGUCCAAGUUUUUGCAGUUAGAGGGCAGUAAAGCAGUGGUGGAUAAAAAGCAGAGUGAGUUCAGCAUGAAGAAGAUGAUCAAGAAGCUUCACAUUAAAGAACCGGCUGAUCAUGUUAUGGCCAUCCUGGGAAAGAAGUAUCCCGCCGAUCCAAGGAUGUUCAGCCGCAGUGGAAUAAAGGGCGCGUGGGACAGGGAGCGAGCCGGGCAGAGGAUGAAGCUCAAAGAGCCGGAGACGUGGGAACGGCUGCUCAGCCAGGAGGGGAACAAGGCCGCUACCUGGGAGAAGCUCAUAGACAAUAAGUCUCUUCCCUUCAUGGCCAUGCUGAGGAACCUGAGGAACAUGAUCACUAAAGGCGUCAGCGAGGCUCAUCACAAGAAGAUCCUCAGCAGACUCACUAACAAGACAGCGGUUAUUCAGAGCCGACAGUUUCCCUUCAGAUUUCUUGCUGCCUACAAAGUCGUCAUGCAGCUUCAAACUCUGGCCAUGGAAUCACAGAAGGCCAUCCCUCCAGUUAAAGAGAUCCUGAAGGGCAUCCUGAAGAAGAUUCCCAAGAGCAAGCGCUUCAAAAGUAUGGACUGGGAGACGACUGGAAGGAGCCGGCUGAAGGUGACGCUCGGGGUGCCGUUCAUCUACCGACUGUACCGAAUCAAGAAGGCCCAGCUCAGUAAAGCCAAUGAGAAGCUGUACACUGUCGAACUGUUGGAUCGUUACCGCAAAGCUCUGGAGACGGCCGUGCAGGUCUCCUGUCGUUACAAUGUGCCCCCGCUCCCUGGACGGACCGUUAUCCUAAUAUCUGCGUGCAUGAAUACCGACAAGAAAGUGACACAGGACUUCUGCCUCCCACCGGACCCAGAGGAGCACGAGGAAAAAGAGGAAAAUGAGGAAAAAGAGGAAAAUGAGGAAAAAGAGGAAAAAGAGGAAAAUGAGGAGAAUGAGGAAAAAGAGGAGAAUGAGGAGAAUGAGGAGAAUGAGGAGAAUGAGGAAAAUGAGGAAAAUGAGGAGAAUGAGGAGAAUGAGGAGGAGGAAGAGAGCAAGAGGAAGAAAAAGCAAGAGGAUGACAAGCUCACUCCAUCUUCUGACGAGAUUGCAGCUUUGUUGUCUCUGAUGAUCUGCAACAGCGCUGAGGACUGUCAGCUCUGCUUGAUGGAUUGGCGUAAUGGUAAAGAGGUCAAGCUGAAGUCGAAUGUUGUUCUCGAUAAUGUCAGGAGUGUGGUGAAACAGAUGAAGGAAUUUAACGAGUCAUCAUCGAAUGACAAAAGCCUUUUCUCCACACUGUUCAGCAAGAAAAACAAGAUUGACAACAUCAUCAUACUGAGUGACUACUAUGUUCCUCAUUCAGUUGAAUGGGUCAUCGACCGCUACCGGAGGGAUGUGAACAACAAAGCCCUCUUGGUGAAGAUCUUACUGUCAGACGGUGAUCACGAGUUUACAGCUGACAGGAACACUGUGAAACUGACCGGCUUCAGCGAACAAAUCCUCAGAUUUGUGGCAGAGCGAGGAUCAUCCAGGCUGCUGGAACAUGUGGAGCAUUUAGACAAACUGUACAACAUCCCACCACCAGAGGGAGCUAAAGACCCCCAAAACUCAAAUAACAUCGUCCAAAUAUCAGCCAGCCCCAAGUUAAGGUGGCGAGGUGUUCGUGUGUUUAUCUCCUCCACCUUCAGAGACAUGCACGCUGAGCGGGAUAUCCUGGUGCAGAGCGUGUUCCCAGAGCUCAGGCGCCGCGCUGCUCAGCACUGCCUCUACCUGCAGGAGGUGGAGCUGCGUUGGGGUGUGACGGAGGAGGAGUCAGAGCGGGCCACGGAGCUGUGCCUGUCGGAGGUGUGUCGCAGCCAGAUGAUGGUGGGAGUCCUCGGAGAGAGAUACGGCCUGGUGCCUCCAAAACCUGCCCUACCUGACCUGCCCCAGUACAGCUGGCUGGCCUCGGCCCCGGCAGGCCUGUCCGUCACAGAGAUGGAGAUCCGUCAGUUUGAGGCUCUUUACCCCGACACAGCCAACCAGAGAAUGUUCUGCUACUUCAGAGAUCCAAACGUCGUCAAAUCAGUCCCGGUGGCGUGGAGAUCUCACUUUGCUCCUGAAUCAAAGGAGGCGGAGUCUAAGAUGGCCUCUCUGAAGAGAAGGGUUCUGGACCAUGAAGUCAAGGUCACUGAGAAUUACCAGAGUGAGUGGGGGGGCGUUGUGGGGGGAAAACCGUAUCUUAAAAACCUGGAGGACUUUGGCAAGGCCGUGCUGGAAGACCUGUGGACGGCUGUCGUAAAGCAGUUUGUGGAGGAGGAUGCGGACGCUGAGGUCAUGUCUGACGUGAAAGAGCAGGAGGUACACCAGGGGGCGCUGCAGAGGCAGUUCUUCGGCAGACAGAAGCUGCUGGCUGCAGCUGUGGAGAUAGUGGAGCAGGCUCAGACUAAAGGAGGGAUGAUGGUGGUGGAGGGAGGACCUGGAGAGGGGAAAACCGUCUUCAUGGCUGCUCUCGCAGAGACCCUCAGGACCGGAGUGAAGUCCAGGAACAACCUCACCUGUGAUGUCAUCACCUACUCUACAGCUGCCAGCCAAUCAGCUCGCUCUGUGGAAAACCUGCUCCGCUGCCUCGUUCAGUGGUUGAAGAAAAUGAAAGACUCUGAGGAGGAGGAGGCACCUCUUCCCAGUUCUUACAAAGAUUUGCUGUCAGAGUUUCACUCCAGUUUGAGUGACAUGAAGAAGAAAACACCUCUUGUGCUGCUGGUUGAUGGCGUGGAUCUCGUCCAAGAUGGCAGAGGUCAGCUCUGCUCUGAUUGGAUACCGCAGCAGCUUCCACAGGGUGUUUGUUUGGUCGUGAGCAUCCCAUCCAAAGCUGCUCUGCUACAAACGCUGGCUAAGAGAAGAGGCACGGUCCUGUUUUCUCUGGGUCAGCUCACCAUGCUGGACAGAAAGGAGAUCGUUCAGAAGGGACUGGACUCCUUCGGGAAGAAACUCAGUGACUCUGCAUUCAACAACCAGCUCCAGACGCUGGUAAUGAAGAAAGGAGCGGUGAGUCCUCUCUACCUGCACCUGGCCUGUGAAGACCUGAGGAACUUUGCCUCCUUUGACAAGUUGAAGGAGAGCCUCCAGGACUUGCCUCAGUCUCUGAGUCAGUUGGUGCAGCACAGCCUGGACAGACUCUGCUCUCAGUACAGAGGCAUGCUGGGACUCCGCUGGGCCCUGGCAGCACUCACUGUCAGCACCACUGGUCUGAGAGACAGAGACUUGUGUUCUGUCCUGAACACAUGCAACGAGUUAUCCUCAAGGGGCGGACAGGCCACAUGGGAUGAAGUACUUCAUCUGUCCAGGGAGCCCAAAGGACGUGUUCCCAUGGCGACUUUCACCCGAAUAGUGCACAGCUUACAGAGUCUGAUUGGUCCGUCUCAUUGCCACGACACCGACGACCUCCUGGCUCUGAACAAUCUGGAGGUGAGGAGAGCCUUUGAGGACUUUUUACUCCAUUCAGAGAGCGACAGAACCAGCGCUCACCUGGUGCUGGCAGGUCAUCUGUGGGCUCUAGCCGACCCACAGGGCGCAGACACCUUCCUUCACUGUGAGGCCAACUCCAUCAUGCACCUGCCAACAAACCUGAUUCAAAGUGGUCAAAUGGAGGCGCUUCAUUCCCUUCUCUCCAGCUUCUACUUCCUGUACGCUCAGGUGCGUCACGGCCUCCUGCAUCAACUCCUGGAGACCUAUCGCUUGUGUGAUCUUAAUCAUGACUCAGCACCUUCAUUUGGUUUCCAAGAAAGUCUAGAAGACUGUCAUAGUUUCCUGAAGCGCCACGCCCAGCUGCUCUCCUCAUGGCCGACUCUUUUCAUUCAGCAAGCCCUGAACGAGCCUCCUGAGACCUCUGCUCACACCUGGGCUCAGGGCCUGGUGGGGAGAGGAGGGGUCCAGGUGGUCCAGUGGUUGAACAAUGACUAUCAGGCUCAAAGGGAGAGCAGUGAGCUGGUGUCCACCUUCUCCUCCGAACCGACCUGUUUGGUCGUGAGCACGGAUCAAGAGCUGAUGGUGGUCGGCACUGGGAAGGGAAUGCUUCAUCUUAUCAACACACAGACCGGACAGGAAGUGAAAUCUCUGGUGAGCAGCUGUGACGGCAUCUCAAGCUGUGUGUUUCUCAAAGAUGGCCGCCUCGCUACCACCUCGUACGAUGGACGGAUAGAGAUGUGGGACAUGGGGAACAGCUGCAGGACCGCUCUUAUCGACGCCCACACUAACACGAUCACAGCGAGUGACAUCACUGCAGACAGGAAGAACCUCGCAACCGUGUCUCUGGACUUCAAGUUGAAAGUCUGGUCUUCGGCUACAGUUAAAGAAGUGGCAGCCUUUCACAGCUCGAGCCCUUUGAACUGUGUGACCUUUGACCCUGAGGGUCACCUGCUGGCUGCAGGUUGCUGGGACGGGAAUGUGAUCGUUUGGAACUGGCUCCAGAAUAAAAUAAUGAAAAACUUGUCGGGUCACCAGCGCUCCGUCCGCAGUCUCUCCUUCGCUCCCUCGUCCUCCAUGCUCUGCUCCGGCUCUGUGUCCGGGGAGGUCAGGGUGUGGUCGGUGGCCACCUCCACCUGUGUGGGAUGUUUCCAGGCUCACAGCGGAGCCGCGGAGGCCCUCACCUUCCUGGAGGAAGGGAGGAUGCUGCUGAGUGCCGGCUCGGAUCACGCGCUUCAUCUCUGGUCAGGAGGCCUCGGACGUUCAGUUGCUGCGUUAAAAAGUGACGAGUGCGAGCAGGAGCCUCGUCGUAAGAAACAGAAGUGUGAAAGCAGUCCUCCAGCUGCUCUGUGUGUGGCUGUUAACAAAGACUGUGUUGCUGUGGGAUAUCAUAUUGACGGCAUCAAACUCUUCAGUCUGGAGACAGGUCAAAAGAUUUGGGCCUCACAGCUGGUCGAUGUGACCGUGAAGUGCCUGCGGUGGAUCCCUGGGGGCGAGGACGAGACCCAAACGGAGCUGCUGGUGUCUUCAGGGAACGACUUGCGUAUGAGAGUCUGGAAGAGGAAAGAUGGGGAGGAGGGGAUGCUGGGAGGUCUGUACCAGUUGGGAAUAUUUGGUUACCAUUCACUUCCCGUCCUCGCAACUGAACAGAGCUCAACCUACCUGGCUACAGCUUCAGAUGACGGCUCAGUUUGCUUGUGGUCGCUGAGUGAACUGGCUGAAGACCCCUGCACUGAGCCUCAGAACUUGAUGAGAGGACACACUGGAGGAGUCACCUGUCUGUCUUUCAGCCCUGAUGGUGGACAGCUGCUGACCGGCGGGAAAGAUAUGGCCCUGCUGGUUUGGGAUGUGAAUGAGUGUCCUGCUGUUCUCUCCAAGUCGCUCCCUCACUCUCACAGAGACUGGAUCACCGGCUGUGUUUGGACUCCAGACUGUGUGAUCAGCUCCUCAAACGAUGGGAGACUUUGUUUAUGGGAUCUGCAGGCAGGCCGACGUCUCAAAGAAAUCUCCUGGCCCAGUCCUCUUACGUCUGUCUGCUGUCUGGGUCAGUAUGUGAUGGCAGGCUGUGCAAAAGGAGCGCUACAUGUUUGGAACUGGGAAACAAGCACAGAGGUCAGCCACAUCGCUGCACACAGCCAGCGUAUCCACCACUGCUCUGUCCUUCCAAAUACAGACAAGAGUGAAGAAGUCAAGUCAGAGGAAAUGACGGUCCUCACUGCUUCUGAUGACGGCUCAGUGCAGAUCUGGAAACCUCUACAGGUGGAGCACCUCAACACCUUCCAGGGUCACAGCGGCUCAGUACAUGGAGUUGUUCCCAAACAAGGACUCCCAGAAUUCCUCACUGUUUCUGAAGACUGCUCACUGCGAAGCUGGACAUUGACAACAGACGGUCCUUCCAGCCUGAGAGGUCCCGUCACAGUUCUGUGUUUCUCUCAGAGAGAUGAUCUGCUCUUUGUUGGUUAUCAAUCUGGUUUUCUGGAAAUUUGGCAGAACAACUCUGUGGUUGGCCACAAGCAGACUUCAUCCAGCACCGUCACAGCGAUCUGCUCCAUGCCUGAUAACCAGUACGCUGUUAGCUACAUGAAGCCUGCUGUUGAUGUGUGGAAGCUGGUGUGGAAUCAACAACGCAGCACAGCGAGCCUGGUGAAGGUAAACACGCACAAAGUGGACGACCCGGUGGUCCACCUCAUCUACAUCUCGAUCCUGUUGGGCGUGUGUCAAGACGGAACAAUACUGGACGUGUCAAAUACUGGGGAAGACAGCUGGGGCCAUUCAAUCUCUAAUUGGACGGAGUCAGUACGUAUCAUGGCGCUGAUCAGAAGCGACCAAAAGAGCUUGUGGCUGCUGGGCGAACAAAGCGGACAAAUUGAGAUUGGCUUCCUCUUUUCAUUGGGCUCCAAACAACGUUUACAUUCAUCGUUCUGCUCGACCAGCCUGGAGAUUGACGACGAGGAGGAGAAGAAGAACGGGAGCCUGAUCACAGCUUUAACUAUGGAAAAAGAGUUCAUCGUGUGUGGAGACGUGAAGGGCAACAUGUGGUUCAUCCAGUCUCCUGAACCUUCCACAUGGCACAGCAGAAAACCUGCCCACAGUGACAGGAUCAGUGUGCUGAGACUCACUGACAGCACCAUCAUCUCAGCCUCCUACGACAGGACAGUGAAGCUGUGGGACAGAAACACCAAGAAACAGGUGGGAAUGUUUGUGUGUGGAGGUCCUGUUCUGCUUUUGGAGGUGAACCCUAAAAAUCCCAGCGAGCUGGUCUGUGGGGACGGACAGGGAAAGCUCUACUUUCUCUCCUGGAAAGAAUAAUCCUUCAAAUAUUACACACUAUAUUACUCUGCUUACCAAAGAUUGUCCUGCCUCCUCUUAGCUUUGGUGAUGAUGGUGAAUGUGCAAUACAUGAAAAGAGAAAAAGAACGGGAAAUACUUAAAUCUUAUACAGGAAUAAAUAUCUAUGCGAUGGCUUUGAAUCAAUGUUUACAACGUGCCUUUGAUUUAAAUACUUUAGUACAAAACUUGCACAUGUAACAAGCAAGUAUAAAAACACUAAAAUAUUAAAAAGUGUGUUCAUCAGUUUUAGUUUUAGAUUAAUUAAUGAAUGCUUGUUUUAUUUGUACAUCAUGGCAGAAUGAAGAAUAUCCAUGAGGGAUAAGAAACACUCAAAGUAAGAAAUAUUGCACUAACCCUGGAUGUUGUUCUCUGUGGAAUAAAAAUGAUGUUUAAAGUG